AUGGGCUCGGUCAUGUAUUUGCUCGCGCUGCCGCUGCAUCAGUUGCUCGGCUGGAACGUGCCGGCGCUGAUUAUCGUCACCGGUGGCUUGACGACUCUAUACACGCUGCUGGGUGGCAUCGAAGGAGUGAUCUGGACCGACGCGCUGCAAAGUAUCGUGCUUGCCGUCGGUGCCGUCGCAUGUGCGAUCAUGCUUCCGCUGGGCAUGCCGGAUGGUCCUGCCCAGAUGAUGGAAGUGGCCAACAGUCACGGCAAAUUCAGCCUCGGCUCGUUCCAUCUCAGCCUGGCCGAGCCGACGUUUUGGGUCGUCCUGGUCUAUGGCAUGUUUAUCAAUCUACAAAACUUCGGCAUCGAUCAAAGCUACGUUCAGCGUUACAUUGCCGCCAAAUCGGAUAGUGAGGCCCGCAAGUCGGUCUGGCUGGGUGCGCUGAUUUACGUUCCAAUUUCGAUUGUGUUUAUCUGGAUCGGAACGGCGUUGUUCGCAUACUACACGGUUCAACCGGAGCUGCUCCCCGAAUCUCUUCAGGCCCAAAUUGCCGAAGGCAAAGGGGAUGGUGUCUUUCCGUACUUUAUUGUCGCUGGCCUUCCGACCGGUGUGUCAGGCUUGUUGGUCGCUGCCAUUUUUGCCGCGGCGAUGAGUACCCUUUCGACCAGCUUGAACGGUGCCGCCACGCUGACGUUGACCGAUUUCUAUCGCCGCUUUAUCGAUCCCGAAGCGUCCGAGAAACGCUCGAUGGUGGUGCUGUAUGUCAGUACGAUUGCUUGGGGUUUGAUCGGAACGACGACCGCCAUCGCGAUGAUUCAAGUGAAGAGCAUUCUCGACGCGUGGUGGCAGUUGGCCGGCAUCUUCAGCGGCGGCAUGCUGGGGCUAUUUCUGCUCGGCAUGCUCUCUCGCAAAGCCGGCAACCCGGCCGCGAUUUUGGGCGUGCUGCUAGGAGUCGUCACCAUUUUGUGGAUGACGCUUUCUCGUACCAACUUCUGGCCGGAAAGUCUUUCGGUGGCGGCGAGCCCCUUCGAUGGCUAUCUGACCAUUGUGUUCGGAACGCUUACCAUCUUGUUGGUCGGCUGGGCGGUGGCCAGCCUCUUCGGUUCGCCUCCACGUGAAGACGACACCGACGCAACGGACAACUUGGUGAAUUCGACGACGCAAACGUAUCAUGGCAUCAUUCCGCCGCUGGUGACUCCUUUACUGGGUCGUGACGAGCUUGACCGGGAAGGCCUUUCGCGGCUGGUCGAACAUGUGAUCGACGGGGGCGUGCAUGGGCUUUUUAUUCUCGGCAGUACCGGGGAAGCUCCGAGCUUAAGUUAUCGGCUGCGACGCGAAAUGAUCGACGCGGUCUGCCAACAAACCGAUGGCCGCGUGCCUGUGUUGGUUGGCAUCACCGAUACGGCGUUUGUCGAGUCGGUGGCAUUGGCCCAACAUGCGGCGGAUGCCGGAGCCGCAGCCGUGGUGCUGACAACGCCAUAUUAUUUUCCGGCAGGGCAAACGGAACUGCUCAGUUACAUUCGCAACAUCAACGCCAAACUUCCGCUGCCGCUGAUGCUGUACAACAUGCCGCAGUUGACGAAGGUCUGGUUCGAGCAAGAGACCCUCAAGCAGCUGACCGAGCUGGAAAACAUCGUGGGCUUGAAAGAUAGCAGCGGCGACUUGAACUACUUCGAGCAAGCUGCCAAGCUGAAAGCGAUUCGACCGGACUGGUCGGUGAUGAUCGGCCCUGAGGCGAAACUGCCGGAGGCGAUGCAGCUGGGUGGCGAUGGUUCGGUGGCUGGCGGAGCGAACGUCACGCCGCGGCUUUUUGUUGACUGCUACGAAGCCCAACGAAGUGGCGACGCGACCAAGCUGGCCGAACUGCAUCAACGCAUCCAAGACUUUCAGCAAGUGUACGAGAUCGGCAAGUACGCCUCGAAGUACAUCAAAGCGACCAAGUGCUGCUUGUCCCUGAUGGGUAUUUGCAGCGACUUCAUGGCCGAACCGUUUCAUAACUUCCGCGAGCCCCAACGUCUUCAAGUCGCCCAGAUCUUGAACGAACUCGACAUCCCC